AUGCCUCGUUUGAAAGAGGCUAUGAUAUGGUCACCCAUCUGGUGGUCGCCGGGAGACCAUGCUAAGGCAAGAUUCUAUUAUCACAAGUCUUUCGACAUGAUGAACAAUCAGAGGCCACUGGGUUGGGGAAUCGGUUACAACGCGCCUGGAACUGGUCGAGAGUCUGAUGGACUAAACUCAGCGGCAUCUGAAGAGUCUGAUGACGAAGAUGUCCGUCUAUUCGAAUGGAGAACGGGAAGCUGGGAGCCCGAUGAAGCGAUGAAGGACUUAUUCCACGAAAUUGGUCGAGAGCAGCAUGGAGAUGAAUUUGAUGAUGAUUGGGACCCUGACGCAAAUCAGGAAGAUCUGUUCUUCGAAGGGUUCUGCUUCGGAAAGAAGCUUAAUUGA